GAGUAGAGGGUGCUGAGGGAACUUGCCACAGAAGCAUAUGUUGCUCUUGCUCCAAAGGAUUUAUUACCUUGCACAGCUUAGAGGCAGCACUCAAAUAUCAGGGUGGCAAGAGUGCUGGUUGUGAGGAGCUGAAAAUUGUGAGCGCUGAGGACUGUGAGCAGAGCCCACUAAAGCUUAAAUAUGAAGAUCAAGAAAUCCAAAGUGACGGAUCAGUCUGCCUCAGGGCAGACAGAAGCAGGUGCUGAAGGAGAUUCCCCCAAGUGGACAGCGAUCAAGUUUAGGUCUAAGGUCCCUGGGGUCAUGAUCACACAAUAUGUUGAAACAAUCCCAGAAGGAAAAACAACUCCAGACUUCACACGUAAACCAAUUGCAUUGACAAUUAAAGAGGGAAAGCUUGCCGUCUUUAAAGCCAUCGUGAUUGGAGAGCCAAAGCCCGAGGUCCAAUGGAAAAGAGCCAACGGGGAUAUAAGCGAUCAACAAAAGUUCCAAAACAAAUUUGACCCUGUUACAAAUGAGCACACCUUAGAGAUACCUAACGUAAGUUCGGAUGAGGCUGAUACCUACAAGUGCUAUGCCAGAAAUGAGUUUGGAAAGGCUGUGACCACAGUCAUGUUGAAUAUUAUUGAAGUUGGGUUCAAGAAGAAGAAGGAGAUGGCAAAGUCUGCAGAAGUGGCAAAAAAACAAGACCCUACAGAUCUCAGAAAGAUGUUGAGAAAAGGUAAAAAGGCCAAGACUGAAAAGAAGGAAGGUGAAAUUGAUGAGGAUGUCUGGGACAUUUUGAUGAGCGCUGAUAAGAAGGACUAUGAACGUAUCUGUUUUGAGCAUCACAUCACUGACUUCCGUGGAAUGCUAAAGAGACUGACGGAGAUGAAGAGAGUAAGAGAGGAGGAGCAAGCUCAGUUUAUUGAACAUCUAAGUAAUCUCAAGCAGAUCAAAAUGAAAUCAGAGGAUACUGCGGAAUUUGAGCUUGACAUGGAGCUGAAGGACCCCAACAGUCAGAUUUUCGUCUACAAGGAUGGAGUUAUGGUUGCUUUCACCAAAGACCUGGAAGGGGAUAUGAAGCACGGUCUAAAACAAGUUGGAAAGAAAUUCAUUUUCACUGUCAAAAACAUGAGACCAGAGGAUGCUGGACUUUACCAAGUGGACGUUGGGGGUGUUAAUGUCUUCGCAACUGAUUUAAAACUUCCUCCCCUUGAGUUUGUCGUCAAAGUCCAAGAAGUGAAGGCCGUGGAGAGACAAGAUGCUCUCUUUGAAGUCGUCCUCAGUAUGCCAUCCCCUGAGAUUACAUGGUCUCUGAAGAACACACCUCUGGAGGAUAAUGAAAAGUUUGAGAUAUCUGUGUCUGACGACAAGCUUAUCCAUAGGCUUCUCAUCAAAGACUGCAUGCCUGUUGAUGCUGGAAUCUAUGCAGCCAUAGCAGGCCUCAAGUCAUGCAGUGCUUGGCUGAUAGUUGAGGCUGACAAAUCAGGAAAAGGUAAGAAAAAGGAAAGGGUGGCUGGUGUAGCUGGUGGAGCUGGAGCUGACCUGGCGAAGAUCGCAGCAGAACAGCAGGAGAAAGUGAAGAGGGAUAUGGAGGCAGCCAUGGAGGCGGCGAAGAAAGCCCAAGAAGAUAGGCUAUUACUUGACUCUGCAGCCGUAGAUGCGGCAGAUGCCGCGGCCAAGCAGAGAGCACUUGACAGGGCAGCCGCCGCUGAGAAGGCCGCAAGAGAGGCGGCCGAGAAAGCAGCCAGGGACGCAGAAGACGCCUUAGCAGCAGCCGCAGCAGCAGCCGCAGCAGCAGCCGCGGCCGCAUUAGAGGCAGCUUUAGCCGCAGCCAACAGACCAGGCGCCACCAAAGAAGAGAUCGAGGCGGCAGAAGCUCUUGCAAAGGCAGCCGCGGAAGCUGCUGCAAGGGCAGCUGCAGAAGCUGCUGCAAGGGCAGCCGCAGAAGCUGCUGCAAAGGCAGGAGCAGGGGAAGAAGGAGAGGGAGAAGCUGUACCCAAAAAACGCAUAAGAGACGGACCACUUGUUCCAGACACUGUCAUAGAUCCCGGGGUUCACUUCACUGCUGGACUUGACGAUAUCAAAGCCAUUGUUGGGGAUCCCGCAGAGUUGUCUUGCAAGUUGAGCAGUGAAGACGCUAAAGGAACAUGGUACCACGAUGGCCAGGAGAUCAUAGAACCUUGUGAGGGGAUAACCAUCACUAAAGAGGGUGCCCUUCACAAGCUGAAAAUCCACUCAGUCAGUGACGAAUUUGCUGGAAAAUAUAAAUUUGAGGCAGAUGGCCGCAAAACAGAAUCUAUGAUUGCUGUUGAAGAUCCCCCAAGAUUUGAUCCAAAGGAGUUGGAAAUAUUUUCAACUCCAAUAGUGAUCAAAUCUGGUCAAAGACCCCAGUUCAAGAUUCCAUAUUUCGGACGAGAACCUGUAAAAAUCCAGUGGUACCAUGAAGGUGAAGAACUUAAAUCUGAUAUUAACCUUAAGAUUGACACUGAGGAGGGAUACACCCGUUUAAUGUUCAACUCCAAGAUGCUACGCAAGGACACGGGAGAGAUCAAAAUCAAAAUCAAGAAUGAGUUUGGUACUAUUGAAGCUUGUACAAAGCUUAUCGUUCUUGACAAGCCCACCCCUCCCCUUGGUCCUCUAGAAAUCCUUGAAGCCUCUUCCGAUUGUGUUGAAAUUAAGUGGAGGUCUCCAAAGGAUGAUGGCGGUUCCCCCAUUACUAAUUAUAUUCUAGAGCGCAAUCAGAUAGGACGCAACACGUGGAAAAAGCUUGGGCAAAUCCCAGGAGAGGCUUACUACAAGGAUGUCGAUGUGGACCAUGGCAGGAAAUACUGUUAUCGUAUAAGGGCUGAGACAGUGGAGGGUAUUAGUGAUAAGAUGGAAACAGAAGAUGUCCAGGCUGGAACUAAAGCAUACCCUGGCGCUCCAUCUACUCCUAAAGUGGUUGAGGCAUUUAAGGACUGUAUCAAUCUGGCCUGGAUUCCUCCCUCCAACACUGGUGGAAGCAACAUUCUAGGCUAUAUGCUGGAGAAGAGAAAGAAAGGAAGUAACCUUUGGGGUCAGGUUAACAAAUCAGAUGAACUGAUCAAAGGCAAGAAAUAUGCAGUGAAAGACGUCGUUGAGGGCAUGGAGUAUGAAUUCCGUAUCUGUGCGAUAAAUAUUUCGGGAGCUGGAGAAUUCAGUACCCCAUCUGACUUUGUGUUUGCUAGAGAUCCCAAAAAGCCACCUGGAAAAGUUCUUGACCUUCGGGUGACAGAUUCCACUUACACAACUUUGUCCCUGUCUUGGACUAAACCAAAGGAAGAGAAAGGGGUGCAAGACGAGGCUAAAGGAUACUUUGUGGAUAUUCGGCCAGCAGAAAGCACUGAGUGGGAUCGCUGCAAUACCAACCACGUCAUAAUGUCCUCAUUCACAGUAAAAGGCAUGAAGUCUAUGGCUAUGUAUUGGGUGAGAGUCAUAGCUGCAAAUGAUGGUGGAGAGGGAGAGCCCCAAGACUUGGACAAUUACGUUCUUGCAAUGCCUCCACCAGUACGACCCAGAUUCACAGAUCAAAAAAUAAAAAGCAUCAUGGUGAUCCAAGCAGGCAACUCUGCCCGUUUCAACAUCAACUUUGAGGCUUCGCCAUGGCCAGAUGUGAUCUGGCUAAAAGAUGGCGUCCCUGUCGGCAAGCGCGUCACCAUCUGCAAUGCUCUUGGGGCAUCUCAAAUCCUGAUCCCUUCUUCUGAGCGCUCUGACUCAGGGAUAUACACCAUUGUGGUUAAAAACAUUGUUGGCCAGGAGACCUUCAGUGUUGAGAUCAGAGUCACAGAUCAGCCCAAGCCUCCUGGUCCGGUGGAAAUUGAUGAAAACGUGCCAGGUACAGUGACUGUGUCCUGGACAGCAUCUCCAGAUGAGAAGCGUGACGACAGGCUCCACUAUAUGGUGUCCAAGCGUGACUCCACUAAAAAGACAUGGCAGACUGUCGGGGAUCGCAUCUUCAACAAUAAGUUCACCGCUUGCAAUAUCAUGCCUGGGCGUGAGUACAACUUCAGAGUCUACGCCAAGAAUGACAUGGGACUCUCUGCGCCAUCAGACUCACCAAAGUGGUUUAUCAGUAGCAAGAAAGAAAAGUUUACACUGACCAUGACUGAGACUAAGUCAUGCAACCUGGAGAGGCCUCCUAAGUUCCUGGUUCCUCUGAAGAUGCACACCGCUCCCCAGGGCUACGAGUGCUACAUGAGCUGUGCUAUAAGAGGGGAUCCAACCCCCCAUGUCACCUGGUACCGAAAUAACGUCAGCCUCAAUACAAACACCAACUACUACAUCUCCAACACCUGUGGCGUGUGCUCCAUGCUCAUCUUGAGAGUGGGCCCCAAAGACACCGGAGACUACACCAUCAUCGCAGAGAACCCCCUGGGGAGGGCAGAGUGCACCACCAAACUGACCGUCCAAGAUUAAAGCAAUCAAUGGCCUGGAUGCUCCAUUCUCAAAAUGUUUUGUGAUCUUUUUUGUGGACUCAGUGAGACUUAUAUUGUGAUUUGGUGAUUUGUUGUUUCUAUGUAGAAGUAUUUUUGUGUAUCUUAAUCUGAAGAUAUAAUGUGCUUAUCACAUGUAAUGUGACAUUACUCGACAUUCUAAGUGUUGCAUACACUACAGAAUGUUAUGCAUCACUCAAUUAAUUUAGAUUUUGGGGGAAUAAUGAGUUGUAGUGGCAAUGAUCAUGAAUCAUACUUUGGCCUAGCCAGAAUCCUUCGCAGACUACUCUGGAGAAAUCGUUCUGAACAUUACUAUGCAAUGUAUGCAUGUGGCAAACUACAUGUUUUUCAUUGUCAGCUGAAUAAUUCGGCUUCUUAAAUACUAUAAUAGCAACUAAAACACCCUUCUCUGCAUUAUAUACAUCGAAAUGACUACUAUGCACAUGAAAUUAGGAUAUGGUACGCAAAAUCUGUGUUUAAGUACCUGAAAACAUGUAACUGGUCAAUAAACAAUACGUAUGUCAAGAUUGGAUAUCAAAGAAAUGUGUAUUUCCAUUUUAGAUAAUAAUGCAUUAACUGAAUAGAAUAAGCAAAUGCUCUGAUAUAUUAACCUUUUGCUGUCCAUCAGGCAGUGCCACCAUGAGUCAGUGGUGGAUGCCAUUUUGGCACUGUGACCAUGACUGCAACGUGCCGAGUUCGUAUGUCAGGUAUCUCACCCUGACUACCUGACACGCAUGUGAGGCUCUGUCCACUCACACAACAGGGUUUAAUGUAUGCCUCAGAAACAAUAUAAUACAUUAAAGUUAAAAA